AUGCCAUAUGUGUCUCCCCACGACCUUGAAGUCUUUAAAAGACCACUUUGCUUAAUCAGUGCUGGCCCAAGAAAUGAACUGAAGUUAGAGGUGGACACCAUUGAGCAGCUUUCCAAAAUUGAUUUACCGUGUGUAGUUGUUGCAAUUGCCGGGCUUUACAGAACAGGAAAAUCGUUUUUGAUGAAUUGCCUCGCUGACCAAAAUAGAGGUUUUGCUCUUGGAGACACAAUAGAGUCAAAAACAAAAGGUAUAUGGGUCUGGUGCCGUGUUCACCCUGAGCAGAAAAACACAGUUCUGGUUCUUCUGGACACAGAAGGACUUGGCGACGUUGCUAAGGGAGAUCCAACUCAUGACAACAAACUCUUUACGCUAGCGACCCUGUUGAGCAGCACACUUGUUUAUAACAUGAAAGGGGUUUUUGACCAGGAUGCUGUAAAUAAGCUCACUUUUGUGACAGAACUAUCGAAAAAUAUAACACUUGGAACGAGGGUUGUGGAUGAAAUGGCAGCUCUUCAAUGCAUUAUGCCAGGUUUCGUCUUAGUCGUUAGAGACUUUACUUUGAAACUGAUCAAAGACGGCAGAAAAAUUACGGCGGAUGAAUAUUUAGAAAAAUCCCUUCAAGAUGUUGACUACGAGAAGUCAGAGAAUGAGAGAUACAAUCGUGGAAGAGCGUCUAUUCGAAAUUACUUCCCAAAUUCAAGACGCAAAUGUUUUUUGUUGCCUCCUCCUGGGGACCUGGAUAUCAUUGAAAACCUUGAGAUGUUGAAAUUCGAAGAUUUAUCGAGAAGGUUCCAGGAGCAAACAACAUAUUUCGUGUCCUAUAUCUACGCACAACCUCCAAAACAGCUCGUUGACAGCAAAUAUGUCACUGGUUCUAUGUUUGCGGAAUUAACAAGAACAUACGUUGAAGCUAUCAUCAGUGGUGGAGUACCAGAUGUUGAGGACGCAUUUGCGGCUGUGGCGAAAUCCGAAAAUGAGAAAGUGAAAAAGGGAACACUUGACAUGUUUGAAGAUUUAAUGUCGAAACACACUGUUCCGGCUCCAAUAAAGCAGCUUGAGUCACAGUAUCGAGAGGCGGAACUGGCGUCAUUAGCGCACUUUAGGAAAAACGCUGUGUUUGAUGACGAUAACAUUGUGGAAAAAGAAGUUCAGAUGAAUAUGGAUAUUUUCUGGGCGUCGAUGAAAGACAAAAACUUGCGUUUAAUACGUGAAAAAUGCAAGGCAGCACUCGAAACGUCAAAUUGGGUGGUAGAUUUCAAAUCACAGUUAGAUAAAAGAGAGUUUGAAGUAGCGGGUGGUUAUUCGAAGUUUAGACAGAGGUUGCAGCUUGUGGAAAUAGCAUUCAAACGUACAUUUGCUGGAUACGAUGAACAUGAGUACAUGGUCGCCUGGAGUGAGUUCUUGGAGAGUAUCCAAUCAAAAGAAGUGUUUAUCAUGGGCAAAGACGAAUCUUUGAGUGAAGAGGAAAGAAAAAAGGAGAAACAAAAACAGGAAGACAGAUUUCAAGCGAUGUCUAAUAAGAUGAAAGAGGAUGCUGCAAACGCCAUAAACGCACAAGAGGCGAUAUUCAGACGACAACAAGAAAAGCUAAACAAACAACGAGAAAAAGAAAAUGCAGAGCGUGAAGCGGAUAUAAGGAAGUUUAUGACAGACCGUAACAUUGUUCUCGAGAAUAUGGUCAAAGAGCAGCAAAGGCAGAUAGAAGAUAUCAUAAAUAGGCCGCCUAUUGUACGUGAAGUACACCGCAAAGGUGGCCGUGGUUGUGUUGUACAAUAAGAUAUUGAAAUUCGGACUCAAUGACAGACUUGCUAUCAACAGUCAUAAAAAAUUGUAAUGAUUCUAAUGAAUACGAUGAUUUAUUGAAUUGUUACCACUUGUUCGCAUUUCAUUUUUUACUCAUUUUUGAGGGAAUUUUGAGCUUUGUUCACAUCAUGAUGAAGAAAUUGGUAAGUAACGCCUAUGAUAUGUUCUUGUUUUUAUAAUUUAUUUGAUAACAAAUGUUCAAUCAACUGAAUAGGAUCGUUAUACUAAUUCGAAAGAAAUGAUAAUGCUGUAAAUGACUUCUUAUCUCAUGUUGAAAAAUAAUAGAUAUUUCGUUAAUAUACAGUUUGUACGAUAGGGCAUG